AAAACAGUCUGAAUUUCAGUCCCGGCGUCGGUCAGGAGCUAGUUAGACCCACAGACAGCUCCUAUCCCGUUAGCCAGCUAGCUAGCCCCUGGAGCUACUUCGCAGGCUAAUGCUAAUCCAAAACCCCUUAAAGACUCUCGACUGAAUUUGAAUUUUUAUCCCCCACCGAGUGUCAGGAGGAGCAGACAGACGCCGGGCGUCAUGGCUGCCGAAGCAGCGACUCCGGCGGAGUUGCAGCCUCGCUGGAAACGUGUCUUGGACUGGAACGGCCCGGUUCCGAGGCCCCGGCACGGACACCGGGCUGUUGCCAUCAAGGAGCUGAUGGUGGUGUUCGGUGGAGGUAACGAGGGGAUCGUGGACGAGCUGCACGUCUACAACACUGCGACCAACCAGUGGUUCGUCCCGGCGGUCCGUGGUGACGUUCCUCCCGGUUGUGCUGCUUAUGGUUUCGUGUGCGACGGGACGCGACUGCUGGUGUUUGGAGGGAUGUUGGAGUACGGGAAGUACAGCAGCGACCUGUAUGAGCUGCAGGCCAGUCGCUGGGAGUGGAAGCGUCUGAAGGCCAAACCUCCGAGGAACGGUCCGCCCCCCUGCCCCCGUCUUGGACACAGCUUCUCUCUGAUUGGCAGCCGCUGUUACCUGUUCGGAGGACUGGCCAAUGACAGCGAAGACCCCAAGAGGAACAUCCCCAGGUACCUGAACGACCUGUACUGCCUGCAGCUGCGUCCAGGCUCCAGCGUGGUUGCCUGGGAGAUUCCGGUGACAUCAGGUGAGGCUCCGCCUCCCAGAGAGAGUCACACGGCGGUGGUGACGAGCAGCAGGCUGAUCAUCUACGGAGGGAUGAACGGCUGCAGGCUGGGAGACCUGUGGUUCCUGGACAUAGACUCUCUGGUGUGGAGCAAACCAGCCCUCAGUGGGACUGCCCCCCUCCCCCGCAGCCUGCAUUCUGCCACUGCCAUCAACAACAGGAUGUUUGUGUUUGGAGGUUGGGUUCCUCUGAUGAUGGAUGAAGUUAAAGUGGAGACUCAUGAGAAGGAGUGGAAGUGCACCAACACACUGGCCUGCCUCAACCUGGACUCGUCGUGCUGGGAGACGGUUGUGAUGGACAGCGUGGAGGACAGCGUCCCCAAAGCUCGGGCGGGUCACUGCAGCGUGGCCAUCAACUCCAGACUCUAUGUGUGGAGUGGCAGAGAUGGAUACCGCAAGGCCUGGCACGGCCAGGUGUGCUGCAAGGACCUGUGGUAUCUGGAGACAGAGCGUCCCUGCGCCCCGUCCCGGGUACAGCUAGUCCGGGCCAACACGUCGUCUCUGGAGGUGAGCUGGGGCCGUCAGACCGCUGACACCUACCUGCUGCAGCUGCAAAGGUGCGAUGUUCCUGCCUCACCUGUGACCCCCUCACCUGGAUCCAGCCCCGCCCUCACCAUCACACCUGGAGCUCCGUCAUCGGCCGUCCAGAGCGCCCUCCUGGCCGCUACAGCGCCAGCCGUCCUGAAGGUGGCAGCAGCUCCAUGCUCAGUUGGUGGAGCCUCCAUCAGCACAGUGAGACAGGCCACGCCCACAUCUCCGGUUGCCAUGCCGACUCUCCCCGCAGGUGUCGGUGUUAACGUACCUGCUCGGCCCGGUCAGACGGGUGGCAACAGUCCAAUCACAUUCCUCACCACCAAGAUGGGGACGCCCAGGAACAGCCGGAAAAAUAAUCACCGCCUCCCCAAGAUCUCUGCAGCCAACCCAGCAGGGGGUCACACAGGUGUCUCCAUGAGGACAGUAACAGGAAAGUGUCUCCCACGGUUGCUGGAGGUUAACGCCUCCCUGGUGACGUCCAUCACCAACUUAGCAACCAUCGCCACGGCAACCGCAGCCACACUCCAACAGGUGACUCUGGCCACGCCCCCCAGCGGCGCAGAGCCUCUGGUCCAGGAUCUUCCCGCCUCCAUCAUGGCGUCUCCGACCUCAGAAGAGCCCAUCAGUACUGCAAGUACUACUGCAGAGGGAGACUCAGGAGACACUGCAGUGAUGCUGGUCUGCUCCAACCCGCCCUGUGAGACACACGAGACUGAAACCACCAACACUGCCACCACUGCUGGGGCAGGAGGGGUCCGACAGAUGUGUUUUAACCCACCGUGUGAGACACAUGAGACGGGAACCACCAACACCGCCACCACCGCCACAGCUCAGCGGGGCGGAGACAGUCUGCAGGGAGAAUCCGCCUCUGACUCCUCCCUCUCCUCAACAGCCAAUCAGAACAGAGCUGUCACCACUGUUACACAAGCCACGCCCACACCUGGACCAUCCAUCCCUGAGAUCUCCUCGUUGUUCAGAGAGGAGGGGGUGGAGUCUCUGGAGGCCGUCACUAUGGAUGGAGUAGGUGAAGGGGACGAGCCUGUGCAGACAGACAGCCAGUCAGAGCAUGUGAUGUCAUCAGCUGCGUCAGUGUUACAGAUUCACGUAGAGGGAAGCACACAGAUGAUGUCAUCAGAUGGCAGCCUACCUCAGGAGCUGAUGUCAUCAGAAUUGGACGGUGGUGAGGUGGUCUCCAGGACGACAACGUUGAUGGUGACAUCAGGACUGACCACAGAUCAGCUGAUUGUCACUACGGCAACAGAGGAGUCUACUCACCAGGCAACGAUACAGGCAAUACUACAGGCAACAGGUGGCACUGAGGUUUGUUCGGAGCCAUCCAUCCCUCUGGUUCUGACCCAGCAGGAACUGGCAGCUCUGGUCCAACAGCAGCAGGACCUCCACCAGCCAGAACCAGUACCACGGCACACUGUCCCCACAGAAGGCCUUGCUCCAGCUGACAGCCUCAAUGACCCGGCAGCAGAGAGUCACGGACACGAGAUGACGUCGUCAGCCGUAACCUGCGCUGUCACCCGAUUGGCCAGCACUUUUGGCCCCGCCCCAACUCUAAUGGCUGGUCAGGUCAAGAUUCAAACUGCAUCAGCGCUGACACACGUGACCAAUGGCAUCACAGCAACGGCAGCGAAGCAGGUGAAGCCAGCAGUGAAAGACUCUCAGUGGUUCGACGUCGGCAUUGUCAAAGUUACCAACAUGGUGGUCACUCAUUACUACGCCCCCGACAGCGACGACACGGCUGCUGACGACUCAGGUGUGCUGCCAGACUACAGCCAGAUGAGGAGGGUGGAGCUCCAACCAGGCACUGCCUACAAGUUCCGGGUCGCCGGCAUCAACAUCUGCGGCCGCGGCGCCUUCUCCAAGGUGUCGACGUUUAAGACGUGCCUUCCCGGUUUCCCCGGAGCGCCGUGCGCCAUCAAGAUCAGUAAGAACCUGGACGGCGCCCAGCUCACCUGGGAGCCUCCCACUGUCACGACUGGGCAGAUCACAGAGUACUCGGUGUACCUGGCCAUCCGGUCCAACCAGACCUCCUCCGGUUCUGGUUCGGCCCAGCUGGCCUUCAUGAGGGUCUACUGUGGUCCGACCCCAUCCUGCUGGGUCCAGACCUCCAGCCUCGCCAACGCCCACAUCGACCACACCACCAAACCCGCCGUCAUCUUCCGCAUCGCCGCCCGCAACCAGAAGGGCUACGGACCGGCCACGCAGGUCCGCUGGUUGCAGGGUAAGAACCAGCAGAACCCACAGAGACCCGUUAGAACCCGCAGAGACCCGUUAGAACCCGCAGAGACCCGUUAGAAUCCAGCAGAACCAGCAGAGACCCGUUAGAAUCCAGCAGAACCCACAGAGACCCGUUAGAACCAGCAGAACCCACAGAGACCCGUUAGAACCCACAGAGACCCGUUAGAAUCCAGCAGAACCAGCAGAGACCCGUUAGAAUCCAGCAGAACCCACAGAGACCCGUUAGAACCCACAGAGACCCGUUAGAAUCCAGCAGAACCAGCAGAGACCCGUUAGAACCAGCAGAACCCACAGAGACCCGUUAGAACCCGCAGAGACCCGUUAGAACCCGCAGAGACCCGUUAGAACCCGCAGAGACCCGUUAGAACCCGCAGAGACCCGUUAGAACCCACAGAGACCCGUUAGAACCCACAGAGACCCGUUAGAAUCCAGCAGAACCAGCAGAGACCCGUUAGAACCAGCAGAACCCACAGAGACCCGUUAGAACCAGCAGAACCCACAGAGACCCGUUAGAACCAGCAGAACCCACAGAGACUCGUUAGAACCAGCAGAGACCCGUUAGAAUCCAGCAGAACCCACAGAGACCCGUUAGAACCAGCAGAACCCACAGAGACCCGUUAGAACCAGCAGAGACCCGUUAGAACCAGCAGAGACCCGUUAGAACCAGCAGAACCCACAGAGACCCGUUAGAACCAUCAGAGACCCGUUAGAAUCCAGCAGAACCCACAGAGACCCGUUAGAACCAUCAGAGACCCGUUAGAAUCCAGCAGAACCCACAGAGACCCGUUAGAACCAUCAGAGACCCGUUAGAAUCCAGCAGAACCCACAGAGACCCGUUAGAACCAGCAGAACCCACAGAGACCCGUUAGAACCAUCAGAGACCCGUUAGAAUCCAGCAGAACCCGCAGAGACCCGUUAGAAUCCAGCAGAACCCACAGAGACCCGUUAGAACCAGCAGAGACCCGUUAGAACCAGCAGAGACCCGUUAGAACCAUCAGAGACCCGUUAGAAUCCAGCAGAACCCACAGAGACCCGUUAGAACCAGCAGAACCCACAGAGACCCGUUAGAACCAUCAGAGACCCGUUAGAAUCCAGCAGAACCAGCAGAGACCCGUUAGAAUCCAGCAGAACCCACAGAGACCCGUUAGAACCAGCAGAGACCCGUUAGAACCAGCAGAGACCCGUUAGAAUCCAGCAGAACCCACAGAGACCCGUUAGAACCAUCAGAGACCCGUUAGAAUCCAGCAGAACCCACAGAGACCCGUUAGAACCAGCAGAACCCACAGAGACCCGUUAGAACCAUCAGAGACCCGUUAGAAUCCAGCAGAACCCGCAGAGACCCGUUAGAAUCCAGCAGAACCCGCAGAGACCCGUUAGAACCAGCAGAACCAGCAGAGACCCGUUAGAACCAUCAGAGACCCGUUAGAAUCCAGCAGAACCCACAGAGACCCGUUAGAACCAGCAGAGACCCGUUAGAACCAGCAGAGACCCGUUAGAAUCCAGCAGAACCCACAGAGACCCGUUAGAACCAGCAGAGACCCGUUAGAACCAGCAGAGACCCGUUAGAAUCCAGCAGAACCAGCAGAGACCCGUUAGAACCAGCAGAACCCACAGAGACCCGUUAGAACCAGCAGAACCAGCAGAGACCCGUUAGAACCAGCAGAGACCCGUUAGAACCAGCAGAACCCACAGAGACCCUUAGAACCAGCAGAGACCCGUUAGAACCAGCAGAGACCCGUUAGAACCAGCAGAGACCCGUUAGAACCAGCAGAACCCACAGAGACUCGUUAGAACCAGCAGAACCAGCAGAGACCCGUUAGAACCAGCAGAGACCCGUUAGAACCAGCAGAGACCCGUUAGAAUCCAGCAGAACCCACAGAGACUCGUUAGAACCAGCAGAGACCCGUUAGAAUCCAGCAGAACCAGCAGAGACCCGUUAGAACCAGCAGAACCAGCAGAGACCCGUUAGAACCAUCAGAGACCCGUUAGAAUCCAGCAGAACCCACAGAGACCCGUUAGAACCAGCAGAACCCACAGAGACCCGUUAGAACCAUCAGAGACCCGUUAGAACCAGCAGAGACCCGUUAGAACCAUCAGAACCCACAGAGACCCGUUAGAACCCAACAGAACCCACAGAGACCCGUUAGAACCAGCAGAACCCACAGAGACCCGUUAGAACCAGCAGAACCCACAGAGACCCGUUAGAACCCAACAGAACCCACAGAGACCCGUUAGAACCCAACAGAACCCACAGAGACCCGUUAGAACCAGCAGAACCCACAGAGACCCGUUAGAACCAGCAGAACCCACAGAGACCCGUUAGAACCCAACAGAACCCACAGAGACCCGUUAGAACCAUCAGAGACCCGUUAGAACCAGCAGAACCCGCAGAGACCCGUUAGAACCAGCAGAACCCACAGAGACCCGUUAGAACCCAACAGAACCCACAGAGACCCGUUAGAACCAUCAGAGACCCGUUAGAACCAGCAGAACCCACAGAGACCCGUUAGAACCAGCAGAACCCACAGAGACCCGUUAGAACCAUCAGAGACCCGUUAGAACCAGCAGAACCCGCAGAGACCCGUUAGAACCAGCAGAACCCACAGACACCCGUUAGAACCAGCAGACCCCACAGAGACCCGUUAGAACCAGCAGAGACCCGUUAGAACCAGAAUUCUGUUAGAACCUGACACGUUUGAGGACCUUCAUAAUGUUUGUCUGUCUGCAGAAUCCAGCAAAGACAUCAAACCUGCUGUGAGGAGAACCGGAACUCCUGAUCAUAAACCUAUUGGACCAAAGAAGUUCAGAACCGACCAAUAGGAGGACUGUGAUUGCUUCCUGUCGUCUUAAGCUCCACCUUGCACCUGGUUCCCAUGACGACGAGAAGGAGGCAGAGUUUUGAGUUAUGUCAAGGACUUGUAGGAUAUUUGUACAUUAUUGACCAAUCAAAAUUCUUCUGUGUUGUCAUGGAGAUGGUGUGUGGGCGGAGUCAGUUUAAGUCGAAUGUAGAUGUAGCUGAGGUCACGAGUGGGAGAGGCCUCUGUGGAGGGGCGGGGCUAACCUGUUUUUUAUAAAGUUCUUCUUCAGUGGUUUCUGUUUGUGAAUAUUUUCUGCAACAAUAAAGACUUUUAGAGCA